CACAUUGUAGAAAACAACAAUUGAUUGCUGAGCUCAUGGGAGCUGAACCAGCACAAUGUAAUAAAGAUGGUACAUUUAUUCCACAACAAACAAUUAAUAAUGUGACAUACUGCGUGGAUGUCUGGGGUACUGUACUUGUACAUACAAUUACGCCAAUGUAUCCAGGUACACCAGUGCCAUCAUUGAAGUGCCAGGAUUUCAGCGCAGUUGAUAUAACUCCAGCUUACUCGUCUUCCAGCAUAGAGAACCCAGCAGUUGAACAACGAUGUCUCAAACAAGGUCACAUGACAAGAGAUCUGAAUCUCUGGCACCUGACGUGCCACAACGAGAACGGCACAUUCAAUCCGUACCAAGAAUACAAUAGCGCAGCAUUCUGCGUUGAUUUGAAGGGCGUAUUAAUCCCUGGUACCAUGACACCGCUCACGUCAACGACUAAACGUCCAAACUGUGAGAUCUACAGAAUGGUUAAUCUGUGUACCAGUGCUGCCAGUCUCCCAAUGCCAAAGGUGUUGCCAUCAGUCACUGCUCUCACUUCCUUCCUUCCAACCGGACCGGAAGUAAAUUAUGUGCCGGGAGCACCUGCCGAGACCAUAGAUACAACAACCACACCAACCUGCAUCAAAAUGCAAGAAGUUGCCAUGGCGAUGGGCGUUAAACCACCAACUUGUCACGCUAACAGCACAUUUACGCCUUUGCAAUGUACUAGCAAAGUAUGUUACUGUAUUGACACCCAGGGUACUAUCAUACCAGGAACUGCUGCCCCAAUUACGCCGUACACCAAGACUCUGACGCUCGUAUGUGAUAAAUAUUGGAAUGUAACUAUUGUCAAUACAACUGGGACUGCUGUUACUAUGGCAACCACAGCUACUCAUGGCAUUACUGAAAAGAGGGACACGAUUUGCUACAGUACAAUGAGAACCACUACCAAUAUGGCUUUACCCAGCAUGCAAUGUGAGGCUGAGAAUGGUACAUUUACACCUCUGCAGUCGACGAAUAAUGUUUAUUACUGCGUGGAUGUGCAAGGUAGAACAAUACCUGGUACAGUGACACCGAUAACUAAAACAACUUACAUUCCAAACUGUGAGAUCUUCAGAAAUGUAAAUUUGACAACAACUUCUGCUGUACCACCAAUACCAGUGGCCAUUCCAGUUAUUACACCAAUGUCGAUACCUACAUCCAUGGGGCAGAGAGUUGUCUAUACUGUCCCUGAAUCAACCAUCAAACAGACCACAGUUACCACUACCGCUCCAAUAGUUGUACCUAUUGUUGAAAACACUAAUCUACGACCUUGCUUUCGAAUGCACCAAAUUUUAACAAUGAUGAAUAAGGAUAACAAACUUCCUGAUUGUAAACCUAAUGGAUAUUUUGAACCACUACAGUGUGACAGAUAUGUGUGUGCAUGUCUGGAUGUCAAUAAUGUCAUAAUUCCAGAGACCAUCACGCCAACUUGGAAUACUCCACCAACUUGUUCUCAGUACGCAACAGUGAGUGUUAUUAAUACUAACGAUACAACUGUUGUCACCAAAACCAACCCAUUAGCUGCAUUACUACCUGAAGGAAUGAACAAAAUUACAAAUUUUGGACCAUGUACACGUCAUCAACACAUUAUGAAGAAACUUGGUUUUCGUACCAGUCUGACGUGUCUCCAGAAUGGCACGUUUUCACCACUGCAGCAGCAUAACGACCUGUCCUGGUGUGUUGAUCGAGAUGGUAGGACUAUACCCUAUACUGUUAACUUCAAUAUUGAAGGGUCCUCACCACCAAAUUGUGAACCAUUCAGAGGAGUGAGUAUGAACACCACCAUUAUCGGCAGCAUGAUUCUAAACCCGCUGGUAAAACCUGUUGUGACUGAAGUUUCUUUAAUGACUCCGACUGGGACUGAGAAAAUCCAGGCUGUCGUUACAACCACUAUUGCUACUGAUAGUACAGAGAUACCAGAUAUAUUCACCAUUCCUGAAGAAACCUUUAAUAUCACCUUUAAUUGGGACACUCCUACGAAGGUUGUAGCUGUGACUAUUAUGACGACCAAUGGAACGCAGACAAUUUAUACAUUGAAACAGACUACCAAUUCAACAAGCAAUGCCACAAACCCCAUCAUUGUUCCAAUUGUCACCAAUACUAGUUUAUCACCAUGUACUCAUCAAAAACAGAUUGCCAAAAUGCUGGGAGUUAGUGGACCAUUAUGUGAAACUGACAAUACUUUUAAACCACUGCAGUGUUAUAAUAGCGUUUGUCGCUGUGUAGAUCAGAAGGGUGUUACCAUCCCAGGCACUAUCACACGUCUUGACACUGAGAGUUUCGUUAGAGAGCCUGAAUGUCAACAAUAUAAACACUUGACUUUAAUCAACACAACUGUAACAAAUGUGACAAAAACUACUCGCAAAAUUAUGACUGAAACCAUGGCAACAGCUGUUGGGCCAUGUACUCGUCAUCAGUGGAUUGCGACAACUCUGGGUUUGAAAAAAAUGAAUUGCAAUGCAAAGAGUGGCACGUUCUCACCAGUGCAGUGCGAUGACGAGGUGUGUUACUGUGUUGAUCAUUUUGGUGUUACGAUACCAGGAACUUUUCAUUACACAACUGCCGCUCAGAUGACAACUGUAUGUGAACCUUACAGAAAUGUGAAUCUGAAUACAACAAUAAACAACACUGUUAUAUUCUCAUCAACACUGCAGCCAAUAGUUAGAAACUUCACUAUAUUGACUGCAUCUGGCGUGACUACAAUGUGGGCGAUACCAAUGACUGUAUAUGAUGGCUCGGACGCAGUCGCUGCGAACACAACUGCUACGUACUUACUCCUCAACACGCCAACAGGACCACAAAGUGUCUUGACAACUAAAAGUCUACCCGCUAACGCCGUACCAACCAGAAACACAACGGACAACAGUAAUAUGACAACAGACUAUACAACCACCAUCCAAUUACCCACAGGUCCAGUUACCAUCCGCGUCAAAACCCAUGCAUCUACCAAUACAACAUCCUACAUAAACUAUUCACUAACCAUCGUUGAUGUCGGAGUAACAAAACCAUUGGAGCUGUUCACUGAGACCAAAACAGCAUACCCAACCCAACAGUUUGUGGUGACUCCGUACGAAACUGUACACGUUAACACAGAAAAACUGUUUGAUUUGAGCGUAUCUCGAUUCACGGACCCGAAGUUCGGUACUUUCCCAUUCAUAAAUACGACACACUCGCAAACUGUGGCCAAUGAGAAUCCUGGAAAUAACAAACUUACACCAGUGACAGUUAUCACGCCAAACGGGCCAAUCACAGUUAUGAUGCCAGAUAUCACUCCACUGACAACUCUCGACACAACUAAAACUACGACUGACGCCGACACUACAGUGCUACCUAUGACUGUAAUGACCCCUAUCGGUGUGAAAACCAUCUGGACUGUCGUCAGUACGACAGCAAGUAAAAUCAUGGACUACAUACCAGUCAAACCAAUAAUUGUUUCAAUUGUUUCUAACACAACUCAACCACCUUGUUUCCACCAGACUCAAGUAGCUAAAGGAUUAAAUGCAGUGGAACCGACCUGUGAAUCAACUGGGUAUUUCACUCCACUGCAAUGCAUCAAGGGAAAUUGCUAUUGUGUUGACGUGAAUGGGGUAGUUAUUGCAGAGACAAUUAUUCCAACUUAUGUUGGGGUAAAACCGCAAUGUGAACGUUAUAGAACAGUUAGCGUGUUGAAUACCACCCAUCCUAACAUCAUUAUCAAGACUAAACAUAUUCCUCACCCAUGGAAUAUGAAUAUUAAGAAGACCUUCACAGAAGUGAGUGGACCAUGUAAGCGUCAUAGAAUUAUCGCCAAUAAGCUUGGUCUCCAGUCUUCACUGAAUUGCCAUGAAGAAAAUGGAACAUUUACACCACUGCAGUGCCCCGAUACAGAUACGUGUUACUGUGUUGAUAGCAUGGGUGUGACUAUUCCUGGUACUAUUACUUCAGUGAGUGUCAAUACCCCAGUACCACAGUGUGAGCAGUAUAGAACAUUGAAUAUGAACACUACCAGUAGUGGUACACUGUUACUUCCACCACAUGUUCAGCCUAUUGUCACAAACACCACCAUCAUGACACCUACCGGCAUUCGUAGUGUUUUUACACCAGUCUUAACUCACAUGACAACUUAUAAUAACCUAACUAACAACUUUACACUGUAUGCUAAUAUGACGACCAAUACGACCACCCAGUUACCAUUCAAUUUACCAGUUAACGUUACCGCAAACGCCACACUGAAUACCCCAUAUACAUUCCCGACCAAUGUGACUGUUAUGACGCCAAAUGGGUCAAAGACUGUUAAUGUCAUGGUUACUGUCAUCAUCACAAAUGCGACUAUAAUGAGCUCGGCUUUGAGUUCGACAAACGUACCCUACAAGCCCCUGAAUAGUCCCAUUCCUACGGCGAUACGUAUUCCCCUCAUACCGACCAUGACAUUGUCAACACCUUGGGGACAUAGGCAAUGGGAAGACAAGUUGACAACACCAGUAUGGACUACACCAUUUGCUAGUAGCCCUAUAACGUCCCCAUUCAUGAACCCUUGGACGACUCCAUUUAGUACAUUGACAAGAACAGCUCCAGUGACAGCCACUGAUACGUGCUACAGCCCAGUUUUGUAUUCUCUCGCUAUUCCAUCUGAUAUCUCUACAACUUCCGAGAUGAAGCCGUGGUUUAUGCAGUACUUGGUUAUAAACUAUUUGAAUUUCACCGGACCCUUAGAUUAUUCGCACACACAUGUAACUGGUAUGAUCAAAGAUGCUGUUCCCUACACUGGACUUACCCCAUAUGAACCAAUGACUGUCUUUUCCCUGCACGCUUCUCUGCCCAUGAAUAUGAUUGACACUCGCAUAUCUAGCAAUAUUACAGCAACGCUGACACAGAAGGUCAGAGACACAACCACGUACCCAGUCACAUUCAUGACUCCAUUUGGAUCCAUGACAAGAUGGAUGCCUGUUUUUAGUUUCACAUGGUAUACCAAUAUGACCCAGUCCUCUGUGCUACCAGUUGUCACUCCCUUGACGAUUACAACAAAAACAGGCUUGGAGGUGAUCUACACUGCUCAACCACCAGCAGAAUUGAAACUUUCCGAUACCACACCACCAAUGAUAUUACCAUUUGUCAUAAACACAACCCAAGCACCAUGUACCAACCUUCAGCACAUAGCAAAGCUUCUUGGCGUUAUUCCACCCACCUGUCACGAAGAUGGUACAUUCACAACAUCCCAGUGUACCGGGCAGAUAUGCUACUGUGUUGACUCAGUGGGUGUGUUGAUUGCAAGUACUGUUAUAGCACAUAGGAGACCAUAUUGUCACCCUUAUAAAUCAGUGACCCUGAUAAACACCACAAUUACAAAUAUUACCACAGAAGUCACCAUGAGUGCCAAUCACCAUCCUGUCACUAAAGCUGUUGGACCAUGUACACGCCAUCAAAGAAUUGCCAGAAGUUAUGGUCUUACCACGAUGGACUGUCAUGCUGAGAAUGGUACAUUCAUUCCAAGCCAGUGUGUUGAUUCUGUAUGUUACUGCGUGGAUAGGAAUGGAGUUACAGUGCCUGGAACUCCUACUGUUGUCACUCCUUACAACCCUGCACCUAACUGUCAACUCUAUAGAAAUGUUGAUUUGAAUCUGAUGUACAAUGGAACUAUCAUGCUGAAUCCAACGACAAUUCCUGUUGUCAGGGAGGUCUCUGUAGUAACACCAAGUGGACCAAAGACGGUGUGGACACCAAUCACAACUGAUAUGACACCCAACACCUCCGACAAACUGAUGACUUUCCAAAUGACAACAAGGAAUACGACAACAGCUCGUCAAGUUACCGUAAUGACGGCAAAGGGAGUACAGACUAUUUGGGCCAAUGUGCCAUGGACUAUAUUACCUUUUACUGUACACAGUAGUAUUAACACUACCACCAAUACUACUAACACAAAUUCAACACAAACACCAGCCUGUAUCCGCCAGACUCAGAUUGCUCAUGAGGUGCAUGGGGUUGUGAAACCAAUAUGUUCACCUAUCACUGGUGAAUAUGAAAAAUUACAAUACAAUCCUGUUACUGGUACAUAUUACUGUGUUGAUAUCAAUGGUGUUAUUAUUCCAAAUACUGUCACCCCAUCUAUCUUACCAGAACCCUCAUGUGAAUUGUAUGGUAAUGUUACUCUGAAUGUUAACGCUACUGGCAACUAUACUUGGGCUAAUGCGACAGGUUCCACUUCAUGCUGGCAGCAAAGAAAGUCCGCCUUAGCCACUCCCGGCAAGUUUGUUCCAUUUUGUGAACCCAAUGGUACAUUUACUCCACUUCAGUGCAACCCAAAUACUGGAUAUUGUUUCUGUGUUGAUCCAGCCGGCCAUGUAGUACCAAAGACAGUAACUCAUGUCACAAGAGGAACACCAGCAUGUUGGGCAUUCCAUGGUAAUGUAAGUAACUCUACAGCUGCUAGAACAAGUCAAAGGCCAGCCAACUACUGGAAAACAUUGUGUCAAACUCAACAGCAGCUAUACCAGCCGAUUCCAGGCAGUUUCUAUCCCAGAUGUAACGCUAACGGCGGUUUCUCACCAGUACAGUGUCAUGAUAGCGCAGGUUACUGUUACUGCGUAACGAAAGAUGGAGCUCCAAUCCCUGGCAGUACUACUACCAUUGGUAUCCCAGACUGCUCUAGUUAUACAUCAGUGCCUGCUCCAACUACUACUUCCAAGGACUGCCACACUGCACAAUCACUGUAUGACAGAUCUAGUAAAAUCCACGCUGGCGCUGUGCGUCCAUGGUGUGAAGUGGAAGGCACCUACUCUCCUAUACAAUGUCAUGUUGGAUUGGGAUACUGCUUCUGUGUUGACCCCAAAACUGGUGCAGAAAUUCCCGGUACUGAGACUCGGGGCAGACCAGAUUGUACUCCUCGAAUAACUCCAAAGUCACCAGUGGAGAUAGUAGAAAAAGACUAUGAUUGCUAUGACGAUAAAGGCAAAGGAUACGAGAGAGGAGAACGACUGUAUAGAAGAUGCAACAAAUGUUGGUGCCGACCUGGCGGUGAGUUUGUAUGUACAAAGAAGAGAUGUCAAUCAAAUGUUUGUUACGAAAAUGGCAGACGACAGAAAGACGGCUCAACAAAAAGAAAUGAUUGUAAUACUUGCACAUGUAUGGGAGGUGCAUGGGUUUGUACUUUGAAGGCAUGUACGACAAAUCAAGAGAGACAGACUUUAGCAGCAACAACAACAACAACAACAACAACCCAUACUGGGACAGAACAAAUAGCAGCAUGUCCGAGUGGUCAAACCAUAGAAAAGUGUCCUUAUGAUCCAUGUGAAGCGAUGCCAAUAUGUCGCAGUAAUCCCUUAGCCGUCUGCAUACCAAAUGAUUGUGCUGGAUGUGAGAGAGUCUUCUAUGAUCUCUGGGGUAAACAAGUCAAAUGUCAGGACUGGGAUGAGUAAAUGAUGCCAACCAAAACUACCAAACUGAAGUUAUUAUUUUUUUUAAGUUUUUUUUCUUUUGAUUUUAUUAAGAAGAAAUUUCCUUGCUGAGUGUAAACAGAUGGGUUAUCUCAGGGAUAAAUGAUGCGGGAAUAAUAAAUGGAUUUUACAGUUAUUUC